AUGCCAUCCCCCCAAAGCACCCACGGCGCCGCCGGCCCCCCCCUCACAACCAAAGAUGCCAUCCUCGAAACGGGCGCCUCAGCGACGCAGUCCUUCGCGCCCGUGAAAGCCAUCUGCGCCCACUUGAACGCCUUCCACGUCUACGCGUCGGAUCCCCGCCGCGCGGUGGAGGCCAACCAUUACUGUACGCAUUUGAGCGCCGAUGUACGACAGUGUCUGAUUUACGACGCGCCGACGAAUCCGGCGAGGCUGAUUGGCGUGGAGUACAUGAUUACGAGGGAGCUGUAUGCGGGUCUUGAUGCGGAGGAGAGGAAGCUGUGGCAUUCGCAUGAUUACGAGGUCCGCAGCGGCAUGCUCAUCAUGCCGAACCCGUCCCUGCCCAACGCCGUCUGGGAGGUCGCCGAGACGGAGGAGAUGAGGUCUGUCGUGGGCCUCUACGGCAAGACGUACCACUUCUGGCAGGUCGACCGGGGCGAUGUGCUGCCGCUGGGGAAGCCGGAGCUGAUGAUGAGCUUCACGCAGGCUGAACAGGUGCCGUGGGAGAAGGUCCGGGAGAGGGAUAGGAGGUUCGGCGUCGAGACGGCGAAGAAGAGGGGGGUGAGAGAGGAGGCGGGGAUUGAGGAGACAGAAGUGCAUGAGGAUGCUGAUGGGUGUUGGAAGGGGUGA